UUCCAAUCGUCCUUGUCGUUACAGGUUUAGAAGACCAAGAACCAGAAAUGGAGGAAUGGUGGAAGGAUAACGAGCAAUCCAUCUCAAACCUCGGGAUGACCUUUGCUGGCCACGCAUGUGUCACCACGGUGACCAUCAACGAAGGUGACGGAGAUAGGCUCAGGCGGCGCCACGAGCAGUCAUACCACGCCAUUUGUCAACUCAUCGAGCAGUGUCGCUUGUCGAAAGGGGUUCAAACUGCAUUGUUAGAUGUCGGCGAAACGCUACGUAGCACUAUCCGGCAGGUACAUCCUAAAAUAACUGGAAUGUGAGUACUUUUCAGAAUGUGCUCCUCGUGCUGUGUUUUGCCGACAUUCAUGAGUAGAAACAAGCAGAAAGAUAUCGUACUCACCAGGGAGACGGUGGCAAGCAAUGCCUCACUCGCCAACCUCAUGACGGGAGAUGAGGGAGAAACCACAUCUCCUAACAUGCGAUGCCAUACGCCACAGUGUACAGAGACCGUUGCCUUGGAUGACGAGGCUUCCAAAGCGUUCGAUCCCAUUCGACUCGAGGAACUGCAUCUUGGAAUUAAAGAAUACCCUAUCCCUUCUACGAUAACUGCGAGGCACGUACAUAAAAAUAUCGUACUCUUUGGUGAGACGGGGGUAGGCAAAAGCUCGCUCGUCAAUCUCAUGGCUGGACAGGAGAUAGCGCGCACAUCUCCUGACGCGCAACGCUGUACGCUGCACUCGAAAGAGUACACCGUCGGCUUCGGCGGCGAGUCUUAUAAGGUCUUCGAUACCAUUGGACUCGAGGAACCGCAGCUCGGAAUCCAAGAGUAUCUCGAGUCUGUCGAGAACGCCUAUCGGCUCAUCAAGGAAUUGGAUAGACAAGGCGGCAUUGAUCUGCUUCUCUUCUGCAUUCGCGCCGGCCGAGUUACUGCCACACUUCAAAUGAAUUACCGACUCUUUCACGAGUUCCUCUGCGAGAAGAAGGUUCCAAUCGUUCUUGCAAUCACGCACCUUGAAGAAGAACGAACCAUGGAGGACUGGUGGGAUAGAAACCAUGGCACCCUCCGUCGAAGCAAUAUCCAUGUCGCUGGUCAUGCGUGCCUCACUGCCGCUGAUAAACAGAGACUCAAAUACCCACGCCUCUACGAAGAAUCGCGCGUUACGAUCCGCAACCUUGUCAAGGAGCACACUGCUGAUGAUCAAAAGCAAGUAUGGAUAGGAGGGGACAAACUGUUCAUGCCGUUGAUGCGUAAGCUGAAAGAGCUACAUUUGAGUGUGAGAAAGAAGGAUCUUGUCUCUCGCCUCACGAAGCGUUGCGGUAUAUCGGUUGAAGUCGCCACACACUUGGCUGAUAUAAUCAAGAAAGACGUAGUGGAAGUGGUUGCUUGACUCUCUUCGAACUUACUGUGGGUAUCUAGUAGAUCCGACGAAUUUAUUUAUUAGGUGAAUCAUUACUCGAUGCCCUGAAAAUCAUAGGAGUCUCGAAGCUCCGGUUUCCGC